AAAUAUUGAGACCAAAAGUAGAAAACAUCAUUUUCAACAAUCAGAUUCAUCGCCAAUAGUUUGUGUCUCGUAAAGCAUCCUUAAACUCCGACCAUUCAAUUCCAAUCUCGUCAUCCAUAACUCUACUCACUCACUAAUCUCUCUCUAUAAAGCAAAACAAAAAUGGCGGAAAACGACGACGGAUCGCCGGAGCUGAACCUUACUUCAUACGACGAAGCAAUGGACGCUUUAUCAUCCUUAAUUACAAAACGCAGCCGUGCUGAUAAAUCUAACAAAGGAGAUGGGUUUGAGAUCCUCUUCGAUUAUAUUAAGAUGUUGGACUUAGAGCAAGCUAUAUCAGAAAUGAAAGUUAUCCAUGUUGCUGGCACCAAAGGAAAGGGAUCAACAUGUACAUUCACAGAAUCGAUAUUAAGAAAUUACGGAUUCCGCACUGGACUUUUCACUUCUCCUCAUCUUAUUGAUGUUCGAGAAAGAUUUCGUUUGAAUGGUAACGAUAUAUGUGAAGAGAAAUUUUUGGCAUAUUUCUGGUGGUGUUUUGAGAGACUCAAGGAAAAAACUACAGACGAGAUACCUAUGCCUACGUACUUCCGCUUUCUUGCCUUACUUGCCUUCAAGAUAUUUGCAGCAGAGCAGGUAGAUGUUGUUAUUUUGGAGGUCGGUUUAGGUGGAAAGUUUGACGCAACUAAUGUGGUUCAAACACCUGUUGUCUGCGGUAUAUCUUCCCUCGGGUAUGACCACAUGGAAAUUCUUGGAAACACUCUUGGUGAAAUUGCUGGGGAGAAGGCUGGUAUCUUUAAGCAUCGUGUUCCAGCUUUCACUGUGCCUCAACCUGAUGAAGCGAUUCAUGUACUUGAAAACAAGGCUUCCAAGUUAGAUGUACCUCUUCAAGUGGCACCACCAUUAGAUCCAAGCUUGCUGAAUGGUCUAAAACUUGGGCUUGAAGGUGAGCACCAGUAUCUAAAUGCGGGUCUUGCUAUUGCAUUAUCUUCUAAAUGGCUUCAGAGUACUGGUCAUGUUGAAGUCGAUUACUUAGUACAAAAUGGCCCCUUACCGGAGCAGUUUAUUAGAGGGCUAACAACAGCACGUCUGCAAGGGCGCGCUCAGAUUGUUCCUGAUCAAUAUACAAACAUUGAAACUGAUGGAGAUCUUGUGUUUUACUUGGAUGGAGCCCACAGUCCUGAAAGCAUGGAAGCAUGUGCUAGAUGGUUUUCUCGUGCCAUUAAAGAUGACAACUUGGAAAGAUCAAGGAAAGAUUUCAUGCAGAUACUGCUGUUCAAUUGUAUGUCAGUUCGGGAUCCUCAGCUACUGCUUCCACGUCUAGUGAAAACAUGUGCCAGUCAGGGUGUUGACUUCAAGAAGGCACUAUUUGUACCAAAUACAUCAGUAUAUUACAAGGUUGGAUCUCAUGCUUUACCCCCACCUGAUCCUCAAGUUGAUUUGUCCUGGCAAUUAACUCUACAAAAAGUAUGGGAAAGCCUUGUGCGAGGUGAUAAAGGAGGAGAAUCAAAUAAUACAGAUGCUGUUUAUGGAGAAGUUAAAGAUGAAACAGGUACUAGUGUGAAGAAUUGUGAGAAUAGUGCGGUCUUCCCUUCGCUGCCAUCGGCUAUUAAAUGGCUUAGGGACAGUGUCCAACAAAAUCGGUCUGUUCGCAUCCAGGUCCUUGUCACCGGCUCAUUACAUCUUGUGGGCGAUGUGUUGAGAUUAAUCAAGAAGUGAGCAUUGGGAGUAAAAUUAAAGAUUUCCAAUCAUAUACGCCUGGCUCCUGAGAUAUCGGGUGGUGCAGAUGGCAACUUGUUCGAAUGAGUUGGUUCAUCUUACAAGUGAGUUAUCUGCUGCCGCUUUCCAUAGGUUUUCCCACUGUGUGAUGUCGAUGUAUUGAGAGAGUAUAAAGACGCCCAACAGUUCGAUGAACUUUGAUGACAAUUUUCCGUUAUUUUUUUUGUAAGCAGGGAGAAACAUGGGGAAAUAAUUAGGAAGAUUUACAAAUUAGAGAAAUUUAUGUUCUUCCCUUUUCACGAGAUCCCAAAAUUGUAUAAGAAACUCAUUUUUUAAAUUGACAUUUCUUGCUCAUUGCUCUUGUAUCCAACACAUCUUAGUAAGCUUAAGCUGCCAGAUUGUUAUAUUACAAACAUGGUUGGAUGGUUUUGCA